GAUGACUUCAAGUCGGAGCUGAGGGAGCAGCUGCCCUUGAUUGCGGGCUCGGCGGCGGCUGGUGUGGUCUUCAUCGUGUCCCUGGUGGCCAUCUCCAUCGUCUGCAGCAGGAAGCGGGCCUACACUAAGGAGGCGGUGUACAGUGACAAGCUGCAGCACUACAGCACAGGACGAGGCUCGCCGGGCAUGAAGAUCUACAUCGACCCCUUCACCUACGAGGACCCCAACGAGGCCGUCCGCGAGUUCGCCAAGGAGAUCGACGUGUCCACUGUCAAGAUCGAAGAGGUCAUCGGGGCAGGGGAAUUCGGCGAGGUGUAUAAGGGCCGUCUCAAGCUCCCAGGGAAGAGGGAGAUGUACGUGGCCAUCAAAACCCUGAAGGCAGGCUACGUGGAGAAGCAGAGGAGAGACUUCCUGUCCGAGGCUUCUAUCAUGGGCCAGUUCGACCACCCCAACAUCAUCAGGCUGGAAGGCGUGGUCACCAAGAGCCGUCCAGUCAUGAUAGUUACAGAGUUCAUGGAGAACGGAGCCCUGGACUCCUUCCUCAGGCAAAACGACGGCCAGUUUACCGUCAUUCAGCUGGUGGGGAUGAUGCGAGGCAUCUCCGCUGGGAUGAAGUACCUGUCGGAGAUGAACUACGUCCACCGCGACUUGGCGGCGCGCAACAUCCUUGUCAACAGCAACCUGGUGUGCAAGGUGUCCGACUUUGGGCUGUCGCGCUACCUGCAGGAUGACACCUCCGACCCCAGCUACACCAGCUCUCUG